AUGAGUAGCGAACGCAUGGAGUUUUUUGUCCGCUGUAUCAGUGUGGUGUGCCUGGCAAGCCAUAUGGUGAGGGCCCAAGGAGAUGAGGAUGCCGUGCAAGGCGCGGGAGAAACAACAACAGAAAUUAUCGACGAGGACUACUUCAAGUUUCCGAGCAUGACGGCUCAGAGCCGGGCCGUUUACGUUGGACUGACCGUACUCGUCAACCACGACUUCGAUAUUGACCUCACGUUCGCCAUGGAUACCAUCAUAAACGAGACAGUUUGUCCAAAUUACUACAACAAUAUGUCGAAAGCAUACGCCGCAUCAGCGCCCACCUCUAGCAUGGAUACUUUCAUAAAUGAACGGGUGCCGAUCGUCUCCGAAGUAAUAGCAUAUAGCUAUUUCUUCCCCGACCUCUUCGUUACUGAGGCUACGACGGUCUCUUACCCAUCUCGAGUUCUACCUCUGAAAUCAACUCGGUAUUUCGAGUACGACUUUUCCGGGAUACCAUGCUAUCCAUUCUACAAGCAGAGGAGAAUCAUGACCCUCUCGUGCUCACUGCAAUUCACCUCAUUCCCCCUUGAUGAACAAAUUUGCAGCAUGACGAUAUCGAACUUCGCUUACAAUGCAGCUGUCAUGAGGCUUUUUUGGAAUAACUCAGAUGGGUCGGAAGAUUGUGUCUCGCUACCGAAGAAAUCUUACGGGAGUCUCUUCGUCAAUCCUGCGAUCAAGCUCUCGGAGUUUUACCUCGAAGUGUCCGAGGGCGCUUACGAGUCCACCGCAACGAUAAACAGGUUCCCCAUUUGCGGACUGAGUCUACAGCUGAUUUUCAAGCGCAAUAUCCUCAACUCGCUACUCGGUGCAAUACUACCAUCGUGUCUCCUGGUGUACGUCUCCUUUGGCGUUUUCCUCAUCCCGAGUGAGGCUCGAACCGAACGUGUCACACUCAGCAUCACGACUUUCCUGACUCUCGUCACUAUCUACAGUUCGACGAGACUAUCGGUUCCUCAGUCUGGACAAAUAACGUACGCCGACAUUUGGAUGAUCGCAUGUCUUGUCACGGUCUUGAUGGUCACGAUGGAAUGCUGUCUGGUUGAACAGUUGAACACGUCCGAAGCGGAUUUCGAAGCACGUCGGAAGAGGAGAGAUCUUGAUCUCAGAGUCAAAGAUGAUCUGUUCCGCUACGUACAAAGAUUCGACCGGGAUAUGCCGACGCAGACCAUACCCGCGAUACGUGGUCAGCCCGAUUACCGGCGCCCUCCGACAAGGAUCCUCCGGGAUAUCGCCGACAAGACCGAUCAGAGAGAUCUUUUUCAGGCUGUGGCGGGAAUUCUAGCUUACAUUCAGAGGGUUGUUCCUUGGUACAGACUACCCUGGACUGCGGACCGCAUCGAGAGAUGGGCAAGGUGGUUGAUAAUAGGAGGCUUCACAUUUUUUUGUCUCUACUUCUGGAUCCAUGUGCUGCUGGCGAAUAAACGAAGCUCAGCAAAAUGA